AUGAGUGCAGUGAAGGGAUUCAAAAAAACGCACCUCACGGCCGAUGACUGCAAAGCUCUUGCACAGAGCGCAGAAGGUUCGUCCUCCCUGACGCAGCCGUUGAGUCAAAGGCAAAGUAGAGGAUAUGUAAACAGGGGCCUCCAACCCACCCACCGGACACGGAGACAUCAAGGAGGCCAAGGUCAGCAGAAGAACAUCACUGAUUACUUCAGGAUCUCUCAGACACAACAAGUAGGUGCCGGUGGGACGAAGAACAGUAGAAUCAAAGAAGAGCUACUGGAUCCCAUCUUCACUGAACCUGAUGAUUCCUUCAGCAGUGUCUCUGCUGUGAUGGAUAUCAGUGGUGAUGCUUGCUCCUUUCUGGAGGAUGAAGACCUUGUACCAGCUCCCAGGGAAAGCUCCAGAAAACGGCCUCUGUCCACUGCAGCUGCAGGCAUUUGCAAGCCAGAGCACGAUUUGUGGGGUGCACCUGAGAAGAAGCCGAUGGUGAUUCAUCCAGAACACAGCCAGAUCAAGCAGGAACGCAUUCAAAUCAAACAGGAACUUGAUGAUAUGGAAAUUGAACCAGUCCCUGAUGCACACUAUGGACUCCUGGGGACUCGGAACUGGGAAGUGCCUCAGGGAAGUAUUGACGAGCUGCCUGUUGAAGUCCUUAGGAACAUCUUUGCUUUCCUACCAGUGACUGAUCUGUAUCAGAACCUGAGCCUGGUGUGUCACUGCUGGAGGGAGAUAGUCAGUGAUCCACUGUUCAUUCCUUGGAAAAAGCUGUACCAUCAGUACAUAAUGAAGAAGAACACGGCCCUGCACAGAGUUGAACAGGUCUUGCAGGAUUUCGCCAUAACAAAGGAGCAGGAAGGAUGUGUGUUGGGGCUGAUCAGGUGUGUGUCUGCCAUACCCACAGGACGGAAGGUAGAUCCCAGUGCAGUUCUUCAGUGUUUGAAGAGUCAUCACCUCUUCUCGAAGGCUGAAGUCUGUGUCACCCACAAACUGCCACAUUUACAGAGUGGGACGGGGCCUGAGAACACGUGGGCCAUAAUUGCAGUCAUGGUGCUUUUCUCCGAUGGCGUCACUGACAUCCAAAAGCUGAUGGCGUGUCUGCAGAGACCCUGCUCUACCCUCUCUGUUGUGGACGUGACCGAGACACUUUACUGCAUAGCCACGCUGCUGUAUGCGAUGAGAGACAGGAACAUCACGAUCACUAACAGGAUCCAUUACAAUAUUUUCUACUGCUUGUAUCUGAUGGAAAAUUCUUCUGUACCUAUGCAGACAGUAAAAGAGGAAUCACUGGUUUCGCGCUGCCGGCAAGACUUAUGGUCCAGUAGCUUGCCUGAAGUGAAACUGACCCAUGAACAACAAAGGAUUUUGAAUCACAAAAUUGAGCGUGGUCAAAUAGUGAAAAUUAUGGCAUUUGCAGGUACAGGAAAGACCUCAACCUUGGUCAAAUAUGCGGAGAAGUUUGCUGAUCUGAAUUUCCUUUACGUGACGUUUAACAAAGCUGUUGCAGAGAGGGGGAAAAGUGUCUUCCCCAGAAACGUGACGUGCAAGACUUUCCAUUCAUUAGCAUUUGGAAGUGUCGGCAAACACUAUAAAGAAAAAGGCAAGCUGAACUUCUCCAAGAUGUCAGUUUACUCUGUGAGUUCCCUUAUCCGGAACCGUGAGGGACAAUCUCUGUUCAUAAGAGGGAAAACAGUCUCGCAGACCCUUGAAAACUUUUUUGCCUCUUCAGAUGAAGAAAUCAGUGAAGAGCACACUCCUAUUUGGUUCAAAAAUACUCACGGCGAGAGAAAACUUGUCAGUGGAGUAGAAAAAAAAAUCAAUGUGGAAGAGGCGAAAGAGAUAUGGCACAACAUGAAGAAGCUGGAUGGAGACGUAGAGAAGAAAUACAAGAUAACUUGUGAUGGGUAUUUGAAACUUUGGCAGCUCAGCAAGCCUCAGCUCUCAGAAUACGAUGCCAUUUUUGUUGAUGAAGCACAGGACUGCACUCCAGCCAUCAUGGAUAUUGUGCUGUCACAGACAUGCGGCAGAAUCCUCGUCGGAGACCCUCACCAACAGAUUUAUACCUUCCGAGGGGCUGUCAAUACCCUCUACUCAGCGCCUCACACCCAUGUCUACUACCUCACCCAGAGUUUCAGAUUUGGUCCUGAAAUAGCUUACGUUGGAGCAACCAUUCUGGAUGUCUGCAAGAAGAUCAGGAAUAAGACAUUAGUGGGUGGAAACCAAAAGGGUGAUGUGAGAGGUAGCAUGGAGGGGAAGAUAACAGUCUUAUCACGAAGCAAUUUUAACGUGUUCGAGGAUGCUGUGAAACUUACUGGGAGAGAGAAACCGAUUAAAAUACACAUGAUUGGGGGGCUUGCCCGUUUUGGCCUGAGCAGAAUUUAUGACAUUUGGAAGCUCAGUCAACCUGCAGAUGAACGGAAAAAAGCAAACCUUGUUAUAAAUGACUCCUUUAUCAAAAAAUGGGAAGAAACUCAGGGCUUCAUCGGUUUAAGGGAAUAUGCAGAGCACAUCGAUGACAAAGACCUGGAAGUGAAGAUCGCGAUAGUGGAGAAAUACAAAGAGCGGAUCCCUGAGCUGGUGCAGAAGAUUGAGAGCAGCCAUGUGUCACAAGCAGCCAUGGCAGAUUACCUAAUAGGUACUGUCCAUCAAGCCAAAGGCCUGGAGUUUGAUACGGUGCUGAUUGCAGAUGACUUUGUGAAAGUACCAUAUCUCGGUGGCGAUUACCAGAGAAGAACUAGCUUCAGUAUCGGCAUUUAUCCUGAGGAUGAAUGGAACCUGCUCUAUGUUGCAGUGACACGUGCGAAGAAGUAUUUGCUAAUGUCAAAGUCCCUGGAACACCUUUUAGCAUUGGCUGGGGAGCAUUUCCUUCGGGUGGAGCUGAUGAGUGGGGCUGCGAAGGAUGGGGUCGCUUGUUCUGUGCCACACUGUACAGAAACACUGCAAUCCGGCUCCCGGCUGGUAGUGAAGAAGCUCCCUUUGACUCACAGCAAUGGCAGCAGGGAUGCAGGUGGCUACCUUUGCCACGCUUGCACGCGGCAGCGCUUUGGCUCUCUGACACCACUGACCUUUUUCCCAGGGCUUCAAGAAGAGCCCAUCCAGCUCUAACGAAGCCCUCCAGCUCCCCAGAGCCCUUGCUGCGCCCCGGAGCCAUCCUGGGUG